UUUAUUUCCUGGAAAAAUGCUGGAACGUAUAAAAGGAAGAUGGCAGAAGAGUGAGAUUCACCCAGCCAAGCCAAGCUGACCACUGCCCUUUCCCUGCGGAGACUCUUUAUCUGGACCCCCACUUUAACCUUCUCCGAUGGAGGCCGCUAUCAACACCCUGGUGUCUCAGUUUAAGGCCUUUGCUGGGAAGGAAGGCUCUUCAAAUACACUGAGCAAAGAUGAGUUCCAGAAGCUCCUGACCUCCCAGCUGCCAAACUACGUGAAGAAUGCUAAUGACUCAACAGUCAUUGCGCAACUCGUGGGCUCCUUGGAUAAAGACAGUGACGGAGAGUUGAGCUUCUUGGAGUUCUGGCAGUUUAUUGGCCAACUGGCAAAUCAGCACAGUGGCUUCGACAAAUAGAGGAUUUACAUUCACUGCAGGGCUUUCGAGCUUUUGAUUCUCUUAUUUAUUAAGCUGUUCUGUUGUGAUUUUGAAUGGGACAUAAGCAUUUAAAAUGACCAUGAUUCUUUACUCUGCUGAGAUAACCAAGAUCUUUCUGUUGUUGACUUGUAGUAGGGGAGGGUGGGGUUGGUUUCAUGCUCUGCCGUACAUCCCAGGCAUUCCAUGAAUUAGGAUAACCCAACUAGCAGCAAAUGAAAGCUGGACAUCUUAGCUACACUUCGGAAAAAGGAUAUCUUAUAAUAUAAAUCUAAUCAAUAUAAUUCAUGUUUCUAACUUUGAGAUUAUUGUAACCAUAUAAAUUAUUUUAAAUGAAUAAAAAUGUGCUUGAAACAAGCAAAAUGA